CUCUCGCAAACAAUGACUCCUGUUCAUCCAAGCGUGAAGACCUACUACACAAAACGAUUUGGGAUAUAACACUCCUUCCGAACAUGUAUGGUAAUCUUUUGUUCAUAGCUGCCUUGGAAAUAAAUGACAAUUUUGUUUGACUCACACGGAAUAAGUACGGAUUAAUCUACAAAGCGCUACGUUUGUUCGUUCAGCUCUCUGCCUUCGCCUAGCUACUUGGAUCCCGGUUCAAACAAAACCAACAGAUACAGAGCUUCAGAGAUGGAUCGUCGACAGAAUCCUGUGCUGCUCUUUCUAGUAUCAGCCUUCAUUAUGUUCAUAAACCCCGGAGGGACGCGGGCAAGCUGCUGUUGCCCCACCUUCUGGACUGCCUACAAUGGUCAUUGUUACAGAUUAUUCAGUGACCUGAAGACUUGGCAUGAAGCAGAGGCAUUUUGCAACCAAUUCUCGGUGCCGUCUCUGGGCGAAACAGACAGGGAUAGCUUGGGGCAUCUCGUAUCCAUCAAUUCGCCAGAUGAAAACAAUUUCGUCGUCGCUUACUUCGAAUCUACGGGAGUCAAGGAUCGGCACAGUAAUGGCAAUUAUUACGGUCGUGACGUUUGGAUUGGUCUCCACGACAUCUCCACUGAGGGUAGUUUCGAGUGGACCGACGAAUCACCGUUCAACUUCACCAUGUGGUCGCGCGUUUUCCCACAACCAGAUAACUUUCGUGGGGAAGACUGUGGCGAGAUAAAAGGCAUUUACGACUACUAUUGGAAUGACAGACCAUGUGACGAUACUAUUGACUAUUUCAUGUGCAAGUUGCCAAUUUGGUAGAUAUAUUUAAGCUGUGGAAGUAUUAUACCUGUCUACCAUUUUUUCGUCUCCGUCUUUUGUCUAGUACCAAUUCUCUUAUCUACUGCAACAAUUAUUUUGUAAUUAUAACGCUACUAGCCCCGACUCUGAUAUCAAAGGUGGCUUAUACAUAUUCAGUUGUAUGUACAGAGUGCAGGGGCAGAGACAGUGUGUUUUAAAAUACUAUCUCUCAUACUAAUUAAACCCCUUUGGAUACAUAUAACGCCUUUUUUUAACGAAGAGAAGGUAUAAGUAAAUGUGUUUGUUUCCUGCUUAAAACAUUUAUUGGAGACUUUGACAAUUUCUGGUACUGCCCUAAUACAAUAUGAGCAAUAUCCAAAAUAUCUUGCUAUACAGGAUGUCCCUGAAAAAAUCAGACCCUUGGGUUAUUAGUAUUAUGAUGAUUUAGUAUUUGGCGGUACGUGUGCCAGAGAGGCAAAAAAACGAACUGAAUCACUGUAACCAUUGGGUCUCUCCUUGAUUGGGAGUCAUUAUUAUGGUGUCAUAUGGAAAAUGUAGAUUUGAGCUUUGAAAUGAUUCACAACAUUUGGAGGAUCAGAAAAAAUUCUUAAUCAGAAAAGCACUGAAAAGAUUGUUCAUUCUUUUAUUACAUGUCGUUUGGAUAUGUGUAAUUCGUUGUAUAUUUGCCUUCCUCAAAAUCAAAUAGCCCGUCUGCAACGAGUUCAGAACAUGGCAGCUCGGCUUGUCACUCUCCGUUCUCAAAAAGAAUCAGGUAUAAGCUGUUACUCAUUACUUACAAAACACUUCUUCUUUCUUCACCCCAUUACUUGUAUGAGAUUUUGAAACCGUACACCCACAACGGAAUUUACGUUCAGGUUCACAGCUCCAGUUAUGUGCACUAAAAACCCAUCACAAAUGGGGGGGGGGGGGGGGACAGGGCUUUUGCUAACAUAUUGCUCCCAAAUUAUGGAACAAUUUACCAUUACCAAUAAGACAAUCACCAUCAAUUGAAAUAUUUAAGAAGAAACUUAAGCACCAUUUGUUUAUGUCGUAGUUUUAAAUAUUGUAUAAUUAUGUCGUAUUACUAUAGUUCAAUUAUGUCGUAGUUUUAAUAUUGUAUAAUUACUUUGAUACUGUACAGAGCAACUUGAACAGUCUUUCAGAAUGGAUAUGUCCGCUUUAUAAGUUGACAUUAUUACUAUUAUUAUUAUUAUAUUAUGAUAUGUAUUUUCAAUAAUUAUUUUUAUUUCCUUUAAAAAUCAUAAUUAACCAAAUGUAUCAUUGAAUCGCUAUUUUGGACAAAUGGGAUUCUAUGACUUCCACUUAAGAUAAUGUCUUAAUGCAAGGAUGCAGAAUAGAAAGUGAGGCCAAUGAUGUAAACUCUGAUGAAAAAUGAUAUUGAAUUUUUGAGUAAUUAAACAAAGAAAUCACUUUCCUUUUU